AUGAGCAGAGCUGUGGCGGGAAGCCCGGGAAGCCGCGAGUGGGCAGAGAUCAAGCGUUGGGACCCACGGUUACACAUGACACAGGCCCAGCAACAGAAGGUUGGCGUGUUUUCAAGGGGGCCAUAUGGAGGAGUCAUCAAGUUUGAUCCCACAAUGCGGCAGAGGGCGGCUGGCGGCGGUGCCACGCUGGGUCAUUGGGUGCAGCAUGGCAAAGACCAGGGCUGGGUGCCUUUGUCCACAGACAAGAAGGUCAGUGGGCACUGGGCAUGGAACGAUGUUUGGGGCAAGCAGUCCUCUGUCCUCGAUCUCGAAGUGGGAACCGAAUUUGUGAAAUAUUCGUCGCGGCGCAACUGCAUCGAUUUGAUGGGCAUCCGCCUAUUGGUGAGUCAAGUCUUGCAGAGGUGCAUGAUGAACAUGUCCAACCGGCAAGCUGUCCUUGUGGCUGACAGUAUCUUCAACCGCGCUGGGGUCGUGCCUGGAAUCUACCAGGCAAUCUUAGCACAGGGGACAGACUACAGGAUGGAGAAGAUAGGUCUGUCUGACAUCAUGGCCAGGUUCGAGGAACGAAAGAAGCCAUACGUGGAUGUGACCCGUGAGAUGGUGUUUGAGCACGAGCGACAGAUUGCGUGCAACGGUGACUUGGCUUUGCAGUUGCAGUUGUGA